AUGGUGGGAUAUCGAAAGACUUUAGAUCUAGAUCUUACAUACUUUCUUAUGUGCAUACAUUGUUAUGCAGAUACUUUAUUCUGUGUAUACAAGAUAUCCAAAGAAUUUAUCGAAAAUUAUUCAAUAUCCAGUCCUAUCAAUUUGACCAGUUCAAAAAAAAAACAACAACAACAACCCCACAUUUCUAAGUCAUCACAACCUCAUUUCAGUUACUCCAAUGAAGCCAUACUUACGCUUUAG